AUGGUUCGUUACCAAAUUUAUCACAUCUUUAGCUUCACCGCCGUCUUCCUCCUCUCAUCUCUGCAGGUCCGUCCACACGGUUCCACCCCUUACUGCUCGGACCUGCUCACCGACGGAGGCUGCGUGGCUUUGCUGGUGGUGGGUUUCCUCCUGGUCACCCCUCUGCUGGUCCUCGCCCUGGCUGCGUACUGCCGCCUGGCCCGGCACCUCCAGCUGGGCCUGUGCUUCAUCCCAUAUAGCCGGGCCGUGUACAAGAACCUGCCAGCCACCCAGCAUCGCGGCCUGGGCACCGGCUGCUGCGGUGGGAGAAAUGGAGGCGACAUUAGCGGGAAGGGGAAGGUCUGGGUGUGAGAGGGAGGAAGGAUUGAGGAAAGAACAGAGAAAACAGGAGCAUUUGUUAAAACACGUAAAAGGGAAGAAAACAAUGAGGAGUGGAACAGAAUGAGUACUAAUCCCAGUC